CCGAUUAGACUCGGUGUGAAGAACGACGUCGCUUUCUCGUUUGGGGGAAAUCUAAAAUUUCCCUAAUCUGAAGCGCAGGCAGAGACCUUCCCACUCCUCAGAGUGUCGCCGCAGCAGCCUCCGUCGCCGGCAGAAAUUGCAAUCUUCUGCUGCCUUAUUGGAAUUCAGAUCUUAUAAUCCUCAGUUUGGUCCUAUGAAGGACAGACACAUGAAGAAAAAAGUCAAAAGAUUGAAAGACAUGGUUGAGCCAGAUAAAAAUUGCGAGACUAGGGUUGAAGAUGUUGCUUGGCUUUGCUCCCUUUCAGAGUCUGAGAUCGACAUGCUGAUUAGCUUGAAAUUGUUGAUCAUUCAGCGUGCAAAAAUGAUGGGUUGUAAAGAGCUGGCUAGUAAAUUCAACCUUAAAAUGAUUCGAGCCAUUGCACUUGUUUUGAUGGAACAUCUCAAGGCUGAGAUAAAAGGUUCAUCACUUAUCCCCAACACGGUUGAAUCUACUUCUUUUUUAGAUGCUUGCAACCUAUUGAAAUGUAGCAAUGAGGUUGAUGCAAAUAUUGAUGACCUAAGUGCAAGUCUUGGUGCUGAUAUUAGUGAUAUGCAAACUUUUCUUAGAAGUCCUCCAACAUCCAAACAAAAGAAGCAGAAAGUUGGAAGCAGAGAAUGAAACGCUUGCAGUUAUUGGAGGACCUAAAACAUCUAGCUUAUCCUUGUGACAACACCUUUACUUAGGCUGUGGAAGCUCUCAUUUAUAGUUUCUUUCUCAUUGCUGAAUUUGCAUACAAGUGUAUCUAAUAUUAUUAGGUUGCUUAUAGUUUUUUAUUGACAUUUUUCUAUUUGCGUAGCUAAGAAAUUAGUUGGAGCAAAUACCUCGGUUAUAUUUAGAAAAUUGUCGCAAGAAUGUGUAGCAAGCAAAUCCCCAUUUUGUCAAGGGAAUUUUACAUUACUUUAAUAGUUUUGUUUUUAUAGAAACCCAAGUUAAUGAGAGGUGGAACUUUUUUUUUUUCUUUCUAAAAUAUCAUUUAAAAUUGUUGUCCUUAGUUUUAUAGUUCAAGACAAUUAUUGUAACAUAAUUACAGACAUCUGUAUGUCAAGGGAUUGUAAACGUGUGCUUAUAA